AUGGACAAGAUCACUGACACGGUGAUGCACACCAUCGUCCUCAGCGGCUCUACGUUUGCGCUGCCAGCUGGCGGAUUCAUGCCUUCGCGGCUCUCGGCGGAGCUCGUCGCACCUGGCACGGAAGCCGCGGCUGAGAGGCGUGUGUCCUACAUGGAAUCCGUGGGAGUCCUCCCCUACACAGCGCUGGCAGUGGUGGGUGGCGUUCUUGCCCGAGACGGUGCUGAGCGGCCGUUUGCUGGUGAUGUCUCGAAUAGCAUCUAUUUCCGCUUCAAGCUGGGCUCAACGCUGCUGUCAGGAAGCCUUCUAGCUGCUUUGACGGUCCAGCUGCCAGCAGGCUACAUUGUCAGAAGUGCCAAUGUCGCUCCCAGCGACUUGCUGACGCUCUCCUCACGCCGUCUGUCGGGGCCGCAGAGCCGCGGGCAGCUGACGGCGGGGACUUGGAGCUGUGCUACCAGGACGUGUACCUUCACCAUGGAUAGCCAUGCCGCUAUCUACAGUGGCUACCUGGUGGUGCACUUUGUGGUGGACAACCCGACCAUCCCCCUGCGGCUUCAGGACACGGCGAACCGUUGGAGCGUAGCCGUCAGCGGCCAGGGUGAUGCUGCGACGCUGGCGGUGCUGCCAGCAGCGAUGCUGGAUCCAGGAUCGAUCCCUUCGGAGCAGGCUUUGUACACUCCGGCGUCUGCAGUGCUCGGUCGCCUCUCCGAGAUUAGUCUCACGCCGACGACCUUUUGGCAAGGCUCGACGAGAAGCUGGGCCCGCAUCUUCUUCCGGACGCAGCAGGGCUGGCCGGGCCGGGUGGCUCUCCAGCUUACGGCACCUUCGAGUGGUUUCGGCUUUGACGCCAGAUGUUCUGUGGAGGAUCUGCCGGCAGCCUACUACCGCCCCGAGCAGAGCAUCCUCGGUCAAAGUAGCAGUGCCGAGCAAGGUGCCCAGCAAGCGACGGUGCGGCGGCUGCCGAAGGUGGAGGCCUGCCAGGGCGUUCAUGUCUCCUCCCUGCAGCCGUCGGAGUCAAACUGGCUUUCGGACUUCUACGCACCUCCGGGCCGUCUGCCCUCCCUGAUGGAGAUCUUCGCCGCAGGUCCACUCCUUGAGGCCACUACCUAUGCCUUCGCCAUGCUGGUGCGCCACGGGAACUCUUUCCGAGCUUCCGAAGGUGCUGGCUUCGUACUCGCCACCUACAUCCACACAGAGACUUCCUGGCAGCUCCUCGACCGGAGCCCCGGGGCGAUGCCGCUGCUGCCGGCGACCGCGGGCGAGUCAUGGUCCGGCUAUGGGCUCUACGAGCUGGCUGCCCCGGAUGCACUGCAUGCCGUGGUCGUGCCUCGUUUGCCCUUUGCGCAGACGGCGCAGCCGGCGGAAGCGUUCCCAAUGAGUGACAGCUUUCUUGAGUUCGGAGUCUAUGGUCACAGAAUUGUCGAUACUUCCCGGUUCUUCACAGUGCAAUGCCUGUCCGUGCAAGACGUUUUGAUUGAGAUCUCAAGCCUGAUAUUUGGCGGGGCAUUGCAGAGCAUGGUGUAG